AUGGCUCCGCAAGACCCCCGACUCUGGCCGCUCGCAACCAAGGUGCUUGGGAGCCCGAAUGGCACCGCGGAUGCCUUGCCGGCUUCCUACCACUACUAUGAGGGCGCCGGGAGGAGGAAGCGCCGCAUCGUCGGCAAUCCAGCUCACGACGUGGCACACUUCCUAGACACGGAACUGUCCCUCGGAGACCUGGGCGAGAUGCGGAAGCAUCUCUGGUUUGCCGGCUCACGGCGCCCCGCCACGCAGCUGCACCUGCUGGUCGCCAUGGGCCGACGGAUCGUCGUCGCCGACCGGAUGGACCUGCACCUCCUCUGGGCCGGCGACGGGAGGCUCUUUCUCAAGCCCGUUCCGAGCUUUCUUCUCGAUCCUGGCUUUGGGCGGAGCCACCUGAAGUGUCCUGAUGGCUGUGCGUGCCGAGAUCCCCUGCCGCCCUCGUGCCGCGCGGACCCGCGGAGAGUCGCCCUGGGCUUCCUCUACACGUACGCCUGUCUCGUAUCGUCAGAGACCGACUUCUUCGUGGCCAACGAAACGCGCCUCUUGCCUCGCAAGGCAGACGACUCGACCAUCGAAUGGGCAGCGUGGAAGGAACUGGCUAGGGAGCUCCUCGGAAAGCACGACCCCGACAGCGUCCACCCGCGCUUCCUGCGCGCUGAGCUCCGCCUGUCCCGCAUCAACGCCAUCCACCGCCUCACCCGCCUCCCGCCCCUCAACCCGUACCUCCGCGGCAGGAAUAACUACAGCAGCCUCUUCCGCGACAACCUCGCCUGGAUGGGCUCUUCCGCCGUCUUCAUCGUCUUGGUGCUGACCGCGAUGCAGGUCGGCCUCGCUACGGAACGGCUGCGGGUAGACGCCGCCUUCCAGCGGGCGUCGUACGGCUUCACCGCCUUUGCCAUCCUAGCGCCCAUGUGCGCGUUAGGCCUGGUCGUCCUGGGGGCGCUAUUUAAUCUCGUCAAGGACCUGCCGUUGCUUCUUGGGGAUCUGACGGCGCAACUACGGGCACCUCGCACCCCGAAGACUGGAAGUGGGCUCGAUCCGGAAACGUAA